AUGGAUUUGGGAAAGGGCGGAUGUCAUUCGAAGCCCCAUGAGACACCUGACACUCACCGAGGAGAGACCAAGUCUCCAGAAGUCACUGGAACCUGGAUUUUGCGAAACAGAGAACAACUCCGGAAAAGAAAAGUGGAAGCACAGGAGAAGCAGACUUUGCAAUGGCUGCUGGGAGAACAGAAAAAACGCAAGUGGCAGAGUACAGGGAAAAGAAAUCAAAGAGGCAGAAAGAGACAACAAAAUACUAAACAGAAGGAGGAGCCUCAGUCCCAGGUAGAAGCAAUGGAGAAGGCACUGGUACCCGCAGAGAAAGAACCGGAGCUUCCUGGAGGCGUGACAGCCUCUCCCCCAGUGGCCUCCCUACAGCAAGUUAUGCCUGAGGAGGAUUUUCCUGAAAUACCCCAAGAAAGCACCAUGGCCCAGGAAAACCCUUCUAAGUACCAAGAAGUAGUGGUACAAAGCCAACCUUCUGACACCUGCCACGAUACGGCCGCCCCAGAAGAUGCUUCUCCGCAAAUGUGCCCAGAAACAGCUGGACUUCAGCACCAUCCUUUCGCAGUGCACCAAGAUGUGGCCGAGCCUGAAGACUCUUCUAACAUGUGCCCAGAAACAGCUGGACUUCAGCACCAUCCUUUCGCAGUGCACCAAGAUGUGGCCGAGCCUGAAGACUCUUCUAACGUGUGCCCAGAAACAGCUGGACUUCAGCACCAUCCUUUCACAGUGCACCAAGAUGUGGCCGAGCCUGAAGAUCUGUCUCCUGGAAUGUGCCAAGAGGCAACCACACCCCAAACUCUUCCUCCUGCACCAUCCGAAGGCAGAGCCAGCCUGGAAGGGUGCGCUCCUGAAGCACCCCCCACACCAGAUGUGCCCCAGGGCUCUGCCCCUGACAUGCACCCCCAAACAGCUGGAGAGCAGUUUGAUUCUGAACCAGAUCAAGGGAUCGCCGACACGGAAGGCUUCUUCCCUACAGCACAGGAGGUAGCUGUGCCUAAAGACCUUUCUACAAAAACACACCAAGGAACAGUGGAACCUGAAUGUUUUUCUCAUAAAACCUGUAAAGAAAUUGCUGGGCCUAACGCCCCCUUACAUGAAACAAUCCAAGAACAAGAAACACCUGGCCCUGCAGAAUACUCACCUGAACCAGAGCAAGAAACACCUGGCCCCACAGAAUACUCACCUGAAUCGGAGCAAGAACCACCGGAACCUGCAGAAUACUCACCUGAACCAGAGCAAGAACCACCGGAACCUGCAGAAUACUCACCCGCUAUAGACCAAGAGACACCUGGGCCUGAAGACCUGUCUACUAAGACCUACAGAAAUAAGGAUGUGCCUAAAGAAUGCUUUCCAGAACCAAACCAAGAAACAGGUGGGCCCGGCGCUCAGGCUCCUGGGGUAUACCAGGAGGAAGCUACGGAUGUGUACGCUUUUCCUCAAGCUAAGAAGUAG